AUGAUCUUUCCGGCCGCCCGCCGCGCUCUCCAGUGGCUGCCGCGGCCCGGUGCUCGGGCCCUGACUCGCGCCGCCAUGGAGGUGGCCCUGCGAGGCGUCCGGAAAAUCCUUUGCGUGGCCGAGAAGAACGACGCAGCCAAGGGCAUAGCCGACCUGCUGUCCGGCGGCCGCAUGCGGCGGAGGGAAGGACUUUCAAGAUUCAACAAGAUCUAUGAGUUUGAUUAUCAUCUGUGUGGCCAGAACGUCACCAUGGUAAUGACCUCAGUCUCAGGACACUUGCUGGCCCAUGAUUUCCGGAUGCAGUUUCGAAAAUGGUCAAGCUGCAAUCCUCUUGUCCUCUUUGAAGCGGAAAUUGAAAAGUACUGCCCAGAGAAUUUUGUAGACAUCAAGAAAACUCUGGAGCGAGAGGCCCGGCAAUGCCAGGCCCUGGUGAUCUGGACCGACUGUGACAGAGAGGGUGAAAACAUCGGGUUUGAGGUCAUCCACGUGUGCAAGGCCGUGAAGCCCAGCCUGCAGGUGCUGCGAGCCCGUUUCUCCGAGAUCACUGCCCGCGCCGUCCGGACAGCAUGUGAAAACCUGGCGGAGCCCGACCAGAGAGUGAGCGAUGCCGUGGAUGUGAGGCAGGAGUUGGACCUGCGGAUUGGGGCGGCCUUCACCAGGUUCCAAACGCUGCGGCUGCAAAAGAUCUUCCCCGAGGUGCUGGCGGAGCAGCUUAUCAGCUAUGGCAGCUGCCAGUUCCCCACACUGGGGUUCGUGGUGGAGAGGUUCAAGGCCAUUCAGGCGUUUGUGCCGGAAGUCUUCCACAAGAUCCGAGUGACUCAUGACCACAGGGAUGGUGUGGUGGAGUUCAGCUGGAAAAGGCAUCGUCUCUUCAACCACACGGCAUGUCUCGUUCUCUAUCAGCUGUGCAUGGAGGAUCCCAGGGCAGUGGUGGUGGAGGUCAGGUCCAAAGCCAAGAGCAAGUGGAGGCCUCAAGCUCUGGACACUGUGGAGCUGGAGAAGCUGGCAUCUCGGAAGUUGAGGAUAAAUGCUAAAGAAACCAUGAGGAUUGCAGAAAGGCUGUAUACCCAAGGGUACAUCAGCUAUCCUCGAACUGAAACGAACAUUUUCCCCAAAGAUCUAGACCUGGCGGCGCUGGUGGAGCAGCAGACCCCGGAUCCACGCUGGGGGGCCUUUGCUCGAAACAUUCUAGAGCGCGGUGGCCCCACCCCACGCAAUGGAAAUAAGUCUGACCAAGCACACCCUCCCAUCCACCCCACCAAGUACACUGACAGCCUGCAGGGGGAUGAGCAGCGGCUGUACGAGCUCAUCGUCCGCCACUUCCUGGCCUGCUGCUCGCAGGAUGCCCAGGGCCAGGAGACCAUCGUGGAGAUUGACAUUGCACAGGAGCGCUUUGUGGCCCAAGGCCUCAUGAUCCUGGCCCGGAACUAUCUGGACGUGUACCCGUAUGAUCGCUGGAGCGACAAGACCCUCCCUGUCUACGAGCAAGGCACCUGCUUUCAGCCCAGCACUGUGGAAAUGGUGGAUGGGGAGACCAGUCCCCCGCAGCUGCUCACUGAGGCCGACCUCAUUGCCCUCAUGGAGAAGCACGGUAUCGGUACGGACGCCACGCAUGCCGAGCAUAUCGAGACCAUCAAGGCCCGGAUGUACGUCGGGCUCACGCCAGACAAGCGCUUUCUCCCUGGACACCUGGGCAUGGGGCUCGUGGAAGGCUAUGACUCCAUGGGCUACGAGAUGUCCAAGCCUGACCUGCGGGCCGAGCUGGAGGCUGACCUGAAGCUCAUCUGCGAGGGGAAGAAGGACAAGCUGGUGGUCCUGCAUCAGCAGGUGCAGAAGUACAAGCAGGUGUUCAUCGAAGCUGUGGCCAAAGCCAGGAAGUUGGAUGAGGCCUUGUCCCAGUACUUCGGGGCGGCUGCAGAGGUGGCCCCGCAGGAAGCCCUCCCAGCUGUGCCCGAGCCCAUCAGGAAGUGUCCGCAGUGCGGCCAGGACAUGGUUCUCAAGACCAGGAAGAGCGGCGGGUUUUACCUCAGUUGCACGGGCUUUCCCGAGUGUCGGUCGGCCGUCUGGUUCCCGGACAGCGUGCUAGAGGCCAGCAGGGAUGAGAGCGUGUGUCCAGUGUGUCAGCCGCACCCUGUUUACAGGUUGAAGUUCAAAUUUAAACGAGGCAGCUUGCCCCCAACCAUGCCCCUCGAAUUUGUCGGCUGCAUCGGCGGGUGUGACGAGACCCUGAGGGAGAUCCUGGCCCUCAGGUUCUCACGGGGCGCCCCCCGAGUCGGCCAGCCCGCCAGCCAGACCUCCGGCCACCUGCAGGCUAGCCAGUCCCUGAACAGAAUGGACAGUGGCCGGCAGGGCCAGCCCCAGCCGCCCGUCACCAAGCCCUCGAAGGCUUUGACCAGGACUCUGCCUCCACCCGCUAUUGAGAGUGAGGGCAACUCGGUGACCUGCAACUGUGGCCAGGAGGCCUUGCUGCUCACCGUCCGGAAGGAGGGGCCCAACCAGGGCCGCCAGUUCUACAAGUGCGGCGGUGGCGGCUGCAGCUUCUUUCUGUGGGCUGACAGCGGCCACCCGGGAGCCGGGCCUCCCUCAGCAUCCAGACCCCCGGGCGGCCCCUUGGGACGCCCUCCAGGCUCAGGGACUCUUCCAGGCGGGUCCGGCAGGCCCGGCAACGGUGGCAGCGGUGGUGCAUCCUGCCUGUGUGGCCAGCCGGUCGUCACACGCACCGUGCAGAAGGAUGGGCCCAACCAGGGGCGCCAGUUCCACACGUGCGCCCAGCCCCGUGAGCAGCAGUGCGGCUUCUUCCAGUGGGUGGACGAGAACAUGGCCCCAGGGACCUUCGGAGGCACCCUUUGGCCAGGAAGUAGAGGAGGAACCCAGGGACUGGAGGCCAGAAGCAAGAGAGCUCGGGCUGGCUCCUCAGAUAUGGGGUCUGCAGCCAAGAAACCUCGGAAGUGCAGCCUUUGCCACCAGCCUGGACAUACCCGUCCCUUCUGUCCUCAGAACAGAUGA